CGCAGCACAGCGCGACGCGGCGGCCGGAAGUAAAGAUGGCGGACGUGUCGGGCAGCGAACUGUCGGAGGAGAAAGAAGCAGAAAUGGAGCCGAGCCGGAGGCAGAAGAGGCCGUGGGAGGACGCCCGCAGGUCGGGUAAAGCUGGCCUGACUGCCGGGCUGCCGGAGACUCUGGGGGUUUACGACAUUAGCGCUGUCAGGAGGGAACAACGCGAAUCAUCGGCAGAUCCGUCGUUGUCACGUUUCAUCUGCACAGAGCUCACCAGAGGAUACUUCCUGGAACACAAUGAGGCAAAGUACACGGAGCGCAGAGAGAGAGUUUACACAUGCAUGCGUAUUCCCAAGGAACUCGAGAAGCUGAUGACCUUUGGCUUCUUCCUGUGUGUCGACGCCUUCCUGUACGUCUUCACGCUGCUGCCCAUCAGGGUGCUGCUGGCCCUGCUUCGCCUCCUCACCUUGCCGUGCUGUGGCUUCAGCGGGUCACGGCUGCUGCAGCCAGCGCAGGUGUGUGACGUGCUGAAGGGCCUGAUCAUGGUGCUGUGCUUCUCCAUGAUGCACUACGUCGACUACUCCAUGAUGUACCACCUGAUCAGAGGACAGUCUGUCAUCAAACUCUACAUCAUCUACAACAUGUUGGAGGUGGCAGAUCGACUCUUCUCCUCUUUCGGUCAAGACAUCCUGGAUGCUCUCUACUGGACGGCCACAGAACCCAAAGAACGGAAAAGAGACAGUAUAGGAGUCAUCCCUCACUUCCUCAUGGCCGUCUUUUACGUCUUCCUCCACUCCAUCCUCAUCAUGGUCCAAGCCUCCACCCUCAACGUCGCCUUCAACUCCCACAACAAGUCCCUGCUCACCAUCAUGAUGUCCAACAACUUUGUGGAGAUCAAAGGAAGCGUGUUCAAGAAAUUUGAAAAGAACAACUUAUUCCAAAUGUCCAACAGUGAUAUCAAAGAGCGGUUCACCAGCUACGUGCUCCUGCUCAUCGUCUGUCUCAGGAAUAUGGAGCAGUUCUCAUGGAACCCAGAGCACCUGUGGGUGUUGUUCCCUGAUGUCUUCAUGGUCGUCACCUCUGAAGUCGCUGUUGACGUUAUUAAACACGCUUUCAUCACAAAGUUCAACGACAUCACUGCAGAUGUAAGGACCCCGUCUCAUUCCAACACACGUAGCACUCUUAUAAAACUGUAUAUGAUCCUUUGCUUUCUUUCUUUCCCCCCCCUGCAGGUGUACAGUGAAUACAGAGCCAGCCUGGCCUUCGAUCUCGUCAGCAGUCGACAGAAGAACGCUUGUACUGACUACAGUGACUCAGUGGCUCGGAGGAUGGGAUUCAUCCCUCUGCCCUUGGCUGUUCUGCUUAUCCGAGUGGUGAUGACUUCAGUAAAGGUGCAGGGAGCUCUGUCCUACACUUGUGUUUUCCUCUUUUAUCUUGGGAUGGUUACACUGAAAGUGUUGAACAGCAUCGUGCUCCUGGGGAAGUCGUGUGUUUACGUCAAGAGAGCCAACAUGGAGGACAAACUGUUUGAGAAGCCGUCCACCACCACUGCAUCUUCCUCUGCUAAGACCCCGAGUAAAGCUGAGCCGGCCAGAUGUCGAACACCUUCAGGUGAAUCUAAGGUGGAUGAGAUCCCUGCCACGCCCUGUAGUCCACCAUCCUCCUCCUCCUCCACCACCUCCUCUGUGACCACUCAGCCGGCUCCCAGGACUGACUUGUUUCCUCCCCCGCCCACUGAUGCCUCUCCCGCUGCACCGGCAGUCCGUCCUCCAUCUCCAUCUCCACCACCUGAACCAGAACAGCCCGCGGCCUCGCUCUCCAAAGAAGAGGAGGAGGAAGCACAAGCGGCCGCUGAGCUGAAGCACAGGACUCCCAAAAAAGAUCUGCUGGAGAUCGACCGGUUCACAAUCUGCGGUAACCGCAUCGACUGAGCAGCAGCAGCAGCAGCAGCAGCUGCGAAUGUAGUGAUCAACCACUCAGGAAAGACAGACAGCGGAGGCCUCUCAGCCCGGCUCUCCUGGACAACUGCAGCGAAAAGCUGAGUAUUUAUAAAAGUCAGUGGCGACACAGUCAGUUAUUGUGAACGGGGACGCGGCCUGAGACCAUCCUGCUGUUGUUCAAGCCUGAAGUUGAGAAGUUUGAUGGAGAAAACUUCAGCAGGAUUCUAACGGCAGGAGGGAGACGGAGGGAGGAACUGGUGUGUGUGUGUGUGUGUGCGUCUGUGUGUGUAGGUGUGUGUGUCUGUGUGUGUGUAGGUGUUAGGAUGGCUCAGUGUUGAGAGUGUGAGCGUAUGUGUGAGCACACAAGCACUUCCAGUGUGAGCAGCACUGGGACCAGGAGGAGAGAAGUUUCUCACUUUGCUCAGCAGCCUGAAAAAAAACCCAGAAUAACUUCCAAACAUAACAUCGGCGCCAUUUACAGCCUCAUCAAGUGUUUCCUUAUUUUAAAUGUUGGUUGUUCAUCUAAUAUCAACUCAAUCAUUAAGACAAACAUCUUUUUCUUUUUACAAGCCACACCUUCUCAUCAGAUUAUUCACAACAAUGAUCUAGAGGCGGUAGAGAAGCUUUCCCUCCAGGUUGAGGGUCAGGUUCCCCGAAGUGGUUUUAAGAUAAAUUGGUCUUGAGGUGAUUAAUGAGACACGUUUAGUUAGAUUCCUCUACAGUUCACUGUUGUCCUCUGAUUCACUGGAUGAUUUUACCUUCAGGCAACUGAAAAAGAGAAAGAACUACCUUUUUAGAAUCGGUCACAAGCGUUUCACAAACAUCUGUUGAUGGGGUAAACACUGCAAUUAACAGUCGCACACUGUUGAUAUUAGAGUCUAUGCAUCACUGCUUGCUUCAUCAACGGCUCCGCUCAAAGGAAAGUUGAAGUUAUACCUCGGUGGGGUUAGUUUGCAUGGUUUUUAAAGUGCAGCUUUAAGUGGAGCUUUCACAGUCAACACGUUCGGUCAUCAGCAGCCGACACACGGCUCCUUCGACAACUGAGAAACCUUUUAUUCAAAGAACAAGUCAGCCCACAACAUUAUCCGAAGCUGCAGGUUUUAGUGUUGAAAGGUUCUGACACUAAGUCUGUUGCAGACAGAAAAAAAAAGGAGCUUUUGCAGUAAAGUUCUGAACAAUUACUGAAGAUAAUUUAGAUUUUCUUUCUUGCUGAGGUUACGUUUUUCAUUUCUUUGCCCCUCGGGACAAAUUUUUCCACAUCUCACAUCCCUCAAGAUCCAACGAGUGUGAUUUUCAUAGAUAAAAAUUGUAUUUAAUUCUUCAUUACUCUUGGUCUGGAGAAUGUUUGCACUGAUUGACCACUUUGUCUUAAAUACGACAGGUCACAUUUCUCAUCCGACUCGCAAGUGAUGUUCUAAUGUUUACAUCCUCAGAAAAAAAAAAAAGAAAGCAAUAUUUCCACAACAGAAUGCCUUGUUUGAAUGCAUGCUUCAUUUUGUGUUGACCGAUCUUGUGAAUUUUUUGAUUUAAACUGAUUUAAACUUUUCUUGAAUUGCA